AUGGCGGACCGCAAGAAGAGGGACCGGUAUGCGGGCGCGGCAUACGAGUUCGGAGCCAACUCUAGCGGUCAAGCUGGAGCUGGAGGCCCUCCACCUGCUCCCGGAUAUGGAGCACCAGCAGCGCCUGGAUAUGGAGCACCCGGCGCCCCAGGAUAUGGAGCACCCGUGACGCCUGGCUACGGCGCUCCUCAACCUGCCUACGGCGCUCCAGCGCCCGCGUAUGGGCAACCUCCAGCCCAGGACCCCAAUGCGCUCGGCCAGCAAUUUGGCCAGAUGAACCUUGGCCCCCAGCAGGGACAAGCCGCGCCACAAGUACAACAGCCCAACGCGGCCACGCAGCAGAAUCAAUUGUUCCCCUCGGAUCUCAUUGCCCAGCCGUUCCACGUCUCGGAGCUUUACAACCCUCCCCCGCCUAUCAACCUUCCAUCCAACGCGGCUGCCACGCCUUCAGAAUUCGCAAACGAGUCGAGCAAAUACCUGCGAUGCACAUUGAACACCAUCCCGACCAAUCACUCGCUACUGAAGAAAUCCAAGUUGCCGUUCGCCCUUGUCAUCUCUCCCUAUGCAUCGCUGCACGACUCGGAAGACCAGGUACCGGUUGUGCAUGAUCAGAUCAUCAGCCGCUGUCGCCGCUGUAGGGCUUACAUCAAUCCCUUCGUGUCGUUUCUCGACCAUGGACACCGGUGGAGAUGCAACAUGUGCAACCUGACCAACGAUGUCCCUCAGGCAUUUGACUGGGAUGCAGCACAGCAGAAGAGCGUCGAUCGCUGGCAACGACCGGAACUGAAUUACGCCGUCACCGAAUUUGUUGCGCCGCAAGAGUACAUGGUUCGCCCACCGCAGCCUCUCUGCUACUACAUUAUCCUGGACUGCACGCAAGCAGCAGUCAAUUGUGGACUUCUCGCAGUCGUGUCGCGAGUCAUCAAGGAAUCUCUUGGUCGGAUACCCAACGCAGACGGGAGGACGCGCAUUGGAUUCAUGGCUGUGGACUCUGGUCUGCAUUUCUUCUCGAUUCCGGCCGACAACAGCGAGAACAACGACCCACAGCAGCUAGUUGUGUCGGAUCUCGAGGAGCCGUACCUGCCAAUGCCCUCAGACCUCCUUGUCAGUCUGAGCCAGUGCCGCACCAACAUCGAAAGCUUCCUUGAUCGUCUUCCGGGCAUGUUCCAAAACACCCACGUUCCUGGAUUCGCGCUCGGCUCGGCUCUUCGCUCUGCACACAAGCUCAUUUCACCCCUCGGUGGAAAGCUCACUGUAAUUGGUGCAUCAUUGCCCAACGUCGGACACGCUGCUUUGACACCCAGAGAGGACAAGUCGUUGCUGGGUACCGGAAAAGAAACUGGCCUUCUGCAGCCUGCAAACAACUGGUAUAAGUCAUUUGCCGUUGAGUGCUCAAAGAACCAAGUCUCAGUCGACAUGUUCUUGUUCUCGUCGCAAUACCAAGAUGUCGCGACAUUGAGCAACCUCCCGCGCUUCACUGCAGGUCAGACAUACUUCUAUCCUGGAUGGAACGCCGCCAGGUUGCGACUGAGCUGGGCUGACUAUCUGUCGGCUGAAAUUGGGUUGGAGGCUGUCCUUCGAGUUCGCGCGACAACCGGAUUGAGAAUGUCUGCCUUCUAUGGAAACUUCUUUAACCGGUCUUCUGACCUUUGCGCUUUCCCGGCGUAUCCAAGGGACCAGACCGUUGUUAUUGAAGUCGCCAUUGACGAGACUAUCAGCAAGCCAUUUGCUUGUCUCCAGGCAGCUGUUCUGCACACCACCUCGAGUGGACAACGUCGAAUUAGGGUGCUCACCCUUGCUGUUCCGACUACCGAGAAUCUGGCUUCAGUCUACGCUUCCGCAGAUGCACAAGCGAUUACCACAUACUUCAGCCACAAAGCUGUUGAGCGUGCCUUGUCAAGCGGGCUCGACGCUGCUCGGGACGCCCUACAGGGUAAAAUCAUCGAGAUUCUACAAACUUAUCGGAAAGAACUGGCUGGUGGUAGCAUGGGAGGUGGCGGUCUUCAGCUUCCUCAAAACUUACGUGCUCUUCCUCUUCUCUUCUUGGGACUGAUCAAGAACGUCGGUCUCAGGAAAAGUUCUCAGAUCCCAUCCGAUCUGCGGUCGGCUGCUCUCGAUCUCCUCUCAACUCUGCCACUGCGCUUACUGACUCAGUACAUCUACCCCAGUUUCUACAGUCUUCACGUAUUUCCCGCGCUUCUCGCAGACGUCUUCGGUGUCGAGGACCGUACACAGCUGAAGCAAGGAAAGUUCACGUUGCCAGUAUUGGAUAAUGAGUACUCUGAGCGCGUACGAGCCGUCGUUGAGAAGUCGAGAGACCACAAGGCAAAGGGUGUAGGGUCCAUCUUACUUCCUCAAUUAUAUGCAAUCAAGGAAGACGGCGACCCAAUGCUCAAGCUGUGGGCUCAAACACUGCUCGUCGAGGACCGAGCAGAUCAAGGCGAGAGCAUCGUCCAAUGGAUCAGCAAGCUCCGAGAGAAGGUAUGUCCAGAUCUGCAAGACGUGCCGCUGAUUCCAUCAACAUGGCCCGAAUGA